AUGACAGGCUCCACUCCAUAUAGUGAGCCUGAAGGUACCGCUGAAGUAAUUUCGCAAUCAUUUCCAAUGACGGAACCCACGUACCUGAUAGAGGCAGAGCCCCUACCGAAUUGGGACGAAGCUAAAGAAACUUGGCAAUGGGUCUGGGACCUACACUGGGCAGGACUCGGUUCACUGUUUGCACUACUCGCGCUCUAUGCACUGUGGUCGCUCUUUGAUUUGGCGGGAAAAAAGCAUAGACGGAAACCGCUUCUGGCAAUCACUAUAAGCUCUCUGCUUCUAAUAUUUGGAUUGACACGAGCUCUUUUUCUUUUUAUCAAUCCAUACGAAUCUGAACAGUGUUUUUUACCCUUCACUGAUUGUCCGGUAAUGUUAUCUAGAGUAUUGUUCAGCAUCGCCUUACCCUGCAUCACUGCAUCUUUUUUUCUCCUUCAUCUGACGUUUCUUCAACUAUCCAAACUUAAACUUUACCCGGAAAAGUUACAGAGCGUUAAAUUUGUGACUUGCGUAGUAGCCUUUCAUUUUACCCUGGCUUCAGUCACAGUGGUAGUAACAUCGUUGAAUUCCGACUGGAUCGGGUUCACAAUCAUUUGCGAGACAUUCUUCAUCCUUCUAAGCCUGAUACUCUCUGGGAGUUUCAUAUACAGUGGAAGAAUAAUUCUCAAGUCAGUGAAAGAAUCGCGGUUUUCAGUGCGCCGGUUUAUGGACCAGAAAACCGCGCAUGCGCACAGUUCGAAUCCAAAUGUCACUAAACUGGUCAAAAUAACUUACAUAACAGUAUUGCUGGGUUUUGCCAGCGUCGGUUUGCAGAUAUACUCUAUCUUCGUUGUACACGAUAUGUACUCUAAAGAUCAUUCGGUAACACCCGAACCUUGGCCCUGGCUGAUUUUCGAAUCGUUAUGCCGCCUUGUUGAGCUUGGUCUUGGUUGUACAAUGGCAUACGUGAAUCCAAGGCAAGUCCCAAGACUAAAAAGGAGAAGAAGAUGGAAAAUUUCCUUGAAACGCUUUAAGCGAGGAGGGUGGUCGACUUAUGCGCAGAAUCAAAGCAGUGCGGACUCUAGUGACGUUACCUACCCGGUUGGUGUGCCUUAUGGUAAAUACCUCCCCACUAUGGAGCUAGGUUUAGUGAACCAAGGAGGCAGUUUUGUUAUCCAGGAGGAAUUCCUGCAGCCAAUUCAACCCGUGUUUCAAACGUCUUGA